UUUAUAAAUGGCACCAAGUUAAGUUGGGGACACCAACAACUGCUCUUGCCCUGCACCAGUAGCCUGUCAUUCUGUCAUUCCUGGUUUCCAAAAUGGCAUUCAAUGGCACGUGGCAGGUCUACAGCCAAGAGAAAUAUGAAGAGUUCCUGAAAGCUAUUGCUUUGUCAGACGAUAUCAUCAAAGCGGCUAAAGACAUUAAGCCCAUCACUGAAAUCCAGCAAACCGGGAACAGCUUUGUCAUCACAUCCAAAACCCCCAACAAAUCCGUCACAAAUUCAUUUACUCUGGGGAAAGAAGCAGAAAUGACCACCAUGGAUGGCAAGAAAGUGAAGUGCACAGUAACCCUGGAAAAUGGGAAACUAAUAGCCAGAGCAGAUAAAUUCAUCCAUGAGCAGCAAGUAGUAGGCAAUGAAAUGGUGGAGACCAUCACAUCUGGCUCAGCAACAUUCACCAGACGAAGCCGGAAGGUUUAAAGAUGCAGAAGACAACCCAAUUUUGUAGCAGUGUUUUUAUAUUUGGGGAAUAAAGUGCCCUGUCCAUCACU